AUGGUGCGUAUAUGGGUUUUCUUUGCGUUGCUGGUGUCACCCUUCGUAGCAUGUAAUGAAAGGCAGCCGAAAAAUCUACUUGUGCUUUUGGAAAAUGUUUACCUGAAGGAGACUCAUUCUACCUUUUUAAAUAUGUUGACAAACAGAGGUUAUAAUUUGACUACGAAACUUGCUGAUGAUCCAACCCUCUCACUCAAAUACUUGGGUGAGUAUGUUUACUCUGGAUUGGUGGUUCUAGCUCCAUCAGUUAGUGAAUUUGGUGGUUCAAUAAACGUGAACCAAAUAAUUAAUUUCGUCGACGAUGGAGGCAACUUAGUUGUGGUUGCUGGCCCUGGUGUUGGUGAGUCUAUUCGAGAGUUGGGCAGUGACUGUGGAGUGGAGUUUGAUGAAGAGAACACCUUUGUUAUUGACCAUUUUAAUUAUGACAAGAGAGAUGAUGGUUUGCACUCGCUGGUCAACGUUCCUGUCAAUAAUCUUAUCAAGAACAGUGUAAUGACUGGUGGGGAAGUUGAUGCUCCAUUUUUGUAUCGUGGUGUGGGAAUUUCAGCCGACCCAACCAAUCCGUUACUAAUUGGUGUUUUGCAUGGGUCAAAAACAUCCUACAGUUAUAACCCACACAAACCAGUAACAGACUACCCGAAUACUGUCGGAACAAACACUCAACUGAUAACAGCACUGCAAGCGAGGAAUAACGCCCGUGCUCUGUUUAUUGGUUCACUAGACUUUUUAUCAAAUUCGUUUUUCGAGUCUGUUGUUGAAACAGAAUCUAAGAAGAGCGUUGUUUCAGGCAACAGAAAGCUUACUGAUAAUUUGUUGCGGUGGGUUUUGGGUGAGCGUGGUCAGCUACGAUACACAUAUGUCAAACAUCACCGUUUGGGUGAGACUGAUCCACCGAGCCAAUAUACAAUUAUGGAUGACGUUGUUUACACCAUUAAGAUAGAAACAAAGGAUGAUAAUGGAAAGUGGAUUCCUUUUAAUGCGGAUGAUGUCCAAUUGGAGUUUGUGCGAAUCGAUCCAUUCAUCAGAAAAAAUAUGAAACACCAAGAUGGCGAAUACAAACUUGUUUUGAAGUUACCUGAUGUUUAUGGCGUAUUCAAAUUUGUAGUCGAUUAUUAUCGCGUUGGUUACACUCAUCUUUUAAGCGUUAUACAAGUUCCUGUUCGUCCAUUUACUCACACACAGUACGAAAGGUUUAUAGUGGCCGCUUAUCCUUAUUACACCAGCGCUAUAUCAAUGAUGGUUGGUUUGAUACUAUUCAGCUUUGUAUUCUUGUAUUACAAGGAUGAUAAAGAAAAAGGCGAAUAA